AUGCCUGCUCAGUAUCGGGUGCUGGUCCCAAAGACGAGGUUCCCGGUGAGGACCAACCCCGUCACCCACGAGCCUGCCAUCCAAAAGGCGGCCAAAUUCGACGAUCUUUACGGCUGGCAGGAGCGACAGCAGCGGGGAAAUGACAAGAUCUUUACCCUUCACGACGGCCCUCCGUACGCCAACGGCGCUCCCCACAUGGGCCAUGUCCUCAACCGAGUACUGAAGGACGUCAUCAACCGCUACAAACUCAUGCGCGGCUAUAAACUAGCUUUCAGGCCCGGCUGGGACUGCCACGGUCUUCCCAUAGAACUGAAAGCCUGUCGGAGCGAUGACCUGCAAUCCCCGCUGGAGAUCCGCGCGAAGGCCGAGAAAUACGCCCGCAAGACGGUCGCUCUCCAGAAAGAAGCCUUCCAGAGGUGGGGCUGCCUGGCGGAUUGGAACAAUCCCUACCUGACCAUGGACCCAGAAUACGAAGCUGCACAGAUAGACGUGUUCCAUCAGAUGUACAAGAGAGGGUGUAUUUAUCGCGGCUACAAGCCUGUCUACUGGUCCCCUUCUUCUCGUACAGCUCUCGCCGAGGCUGAGCUCGAGUAUCGCGACCACGUGAGUCAGGCCGUGUACAUUCUGUUUCCCCUCACGUCCGAAAUCAGCUCCCUAUUGCCCGAAGCUGACAGAAAUCAAACUCUCUGGGCGCUGGUGUGGACCACCACGCCGUGGACACUGGUGGCCAACCAGGCCGUCUCCUACCACUCCAAUCACUCCUACUGCGUGGUGAGAAUGAGGCACACCGACGGGCGGGACCGACUAGUGUUACUAGGAGAGAAGAACGUAAACAGACUGGCUCCAAUUCUGGGAGAGUUUGAAGUUGUUUCCACCCUCAGUGGAUCCCAACUGGCCAACCUCACCUAUGCACACCCAAUUUCUCCCCAGAGACAGCAGAUGAGGUUUGUGCAUGGAGAGCACGUGGAUGAAGAAGAAGGUACAGGGCUAGUUCACACUGCCCCUACCCACGGGUUCGAGGAUCACGAAAUUGGGGUGGAAGCGGGGCUUGAUAUGACGUGUGUUGUAGACGGUAACGGUUGCUAUACUGCAGAAGCCCCCUCUCAUCUGGUAGGCCUUCGAGUAUUGAGUGAGGGUAACGAAGCUGUAAUUGAGGGGCUCCGAUCCAGCAAAGUGCUUCUCAAACGGGAGAGCUACACCCACAGAUACCCGUACGACUGGCGGACUAAGAAACCGGUCAUUAUUCGCUCGACAAAGCAGUGGUUUGCUAGUGUUAAACAACUCAAAGAAGAGGCAAAGGCAGCACUACGUGGAGUUACGGUACACCCCCGAUCCAGUGGAAACCAGCUACCAAAGAUGCUGGACACACGCGGUGACUGGUGCAUAUCAAGACAGAGAGUCUGGGGGGUGCCCCUCCCAAUUUUCUAUCACGUCACUACCGACGAACCACUCCUGACAGAAGAGACUGUGGUACACGCGAGGGAAAUGAUACGAGCCAAGGGUUCAAAUUGCUGGUGGGAACUACCCCUCGAUAAACUUUUGCCCCCCUCGUUUUCGGGUCAGACGGAGGACUGGCGUCGCGGGGAGGACACGAUGGAUGUCUGGUUUGACAGCGGGUCCUCGUGGGCAGCCGUUCUGUCUGAUUCCGGAACUGACUCGGGACAAUGCGGCCGGGUUGCAGACAUGUACCUGGAAGGAGUUGACCAGCACCGCGGCUGGUUCCAAUCUUCCCUCCUCACUUCAGUGGCCAUACAGAACCAGGCCCCCUACCGCCGUCUUGUGACUCAUGGUUUUGUUCUAGACGGUUCCGGAGCCAAAAUGUCAAAGUCUAUUGGAAACGUGGUGAGUCCGAGUGACAUCAUCGACGGGAAAAAGUUUGGAGUCGAAGCGAUGCGUUGGUGGGUUGCCUCGAGCUCUUUCACCUCUCACGUCUCUGUCAGCGACGAGAUACUCCAACAAUCGAGCGAUUUCGUCCAGCGAUUGCGGAACCUGUUUCGCUUCAUGUUGGGGAACCUAUCUGACUUUAACCCCACACUAGACCUGGUGCCACACAAUGCAAUGUCCGCUCUUGACCAAUACAUGCUCCACAUUCUAUCCAACUACUGCCAGGAGGCGACUGGAGCCUACGAAUCUCUAAAUUUCUCCCGUCUAUCUCUGCUCCUAGUGACCCUCGUACCACUCGACCUCUCGGCUUUCUACUGCAACAUAGUGAAGGACAGUUUGUACUGUGACCCGGCCAGGGGACGAGUGAGACUUGGAACGCUGUCAGCAAUCCACCAUCUCCUUUUGGGACUGGUGAAUGUGUUCAAGAGUGGCUGGAUGGACUGCCCGUCAGAAUGGAACCAGCCGACUCUGGCGGCUGACUUUGAUGCAAUCCGUUCUCUCAGGUCACUGGUGUACAAGGCCCUCUCGAGUGCUCGCGAUGCCAGCUCUUUGCGCAGCUUCACAGAGGCACAAGUUGGUAUCACAACAGACUCCGAGCAACUGUACCACCUUCUGGAGAAGUACAGUAGCAGUGAGGAAGAAGAGAGGGAGAGGGAUGGAUACGGACUGAGCGCUGUUUUUAUCGUGUCUCGGGCGACUGUGGAACUGGGGGGUGGAGGUGUGGGGAGUGGGGUGGGGAGGGUGUUUUGUGAGGACGGGGAGGUUGUGUGGGGAGGGGAGCGGUGCCAGGUGAGCGUGGGGGCAUGGCGGGCGGAGGAGAUGGGAAAGUAUAAGUGUCCUCGAUGCUGGCUGUGGACUGCCGACAGCCAAGACCAGCUUUGCCUGAGGUGUUCACACGUACAUAGACAGACCCAAGACUAG